UGUAGGUUAAUUAAUGAACGACAAAUUUUUAAAAUGUAUUAAAAAAGCAGCACUUAAAUUUUAAUAAGGAUUUAGGACAUACAACUUUGCAUUUGUAUUUCUUAUAUAAUAUGGAAGUAAAUCCAUUGAGUGUGAUUUUAGUGAAAUCCGACAGCAAAGGAGACAGACUUCUGUUUCGGUAUCCCUUCCAGGUUCAAGAAAAUACUGAACCUUCAGGUACUCGUAGAAAAAACCCUUAUACUCUACCAAUUGUCGAAGAUUUGUUGCAAAGCCCUCCGCAACCAUCUUCAAAUAUAAUCAAAGGGAGUUUGACAGGUUUCACUGACGAAGUUCUUUCUUCAUUGUUCGCCGUCAAGAGUGAGUUGUACAACAGAAAAUUUGAACUUAAGGUGAAUGAUGUGAGAUUUGUGAGUCACCCAACUCUCUUGCAAUUGAGAACCAAACAAGAUGCGUCUGGGAUUAUGUUGAUAAAUAUUGUAUUUGCACUUCAGGCGUUAGCUAGUCACUCAGUAGUAAAAUGUUACCAUGAUUUGAGUAAAAGGAUGGGGAUUGUAUUAAAACACGAAGAGAAGAGAUGUGGAUACAUUUCUGAACAAACUCAGCUAAUGACCAGCGUGCAUGAUGAUUUAUAUUCAAAUAAUCCUGGAGCAGCGUUUCAGAUAAUUUUAGAAAAGUGUUCCCUUGCGAAUAAUAUAAAGAAAAUGUAUGAUGAUUUAUGUAGCACAGGAUUGGUAAAUUUGAGAGUGAACAGAUGGAUUCCUUUAAGCUUUUGCCUGCCUCAAAAAGUGCACCAAUGGCAUUUGCGAGGAAAAAUUGUAGAACCAGAGGAUAUAGAUCGGUGUUUAACAGCUUUGCGACCUUAUCACAGUCUGUUACUACUGUAUCCCGUACAACAGAUGAAUGACUUCACAUCCUUAGAUAGCUCUCCAUCAUUAGUCAGGCUUUUAUCGCAAUAUUCCCCUUUGAAAAACUUACAGACCUUAGCCCUUGACGCUGAUCUUACAUUAUCACAUGUUUUCGAACUUACAGCUCACCUAGUGUACUGGGCGAAAGCGACAGUAAUAUUUCCAGUUUGUUCUACAAACAAAUAUGUGAUAGCACCGAAUGCUCCUAUACAUUUAAACUCACCAUUAAUUGAUAAGUUUAACAAGGCAUUUCCAGGAUCUAAUCUUUUAAGGUUAAUAAGUGAAUUCUCCUUGCCUACUUCUCUCGGACAAAAAUGCAACCCUUUGUGUCAUCCGUCGCAGCAGUCCCAGUUAGUUCAGACAAUCAUAUGGAUGCUGCAGCAUCAUUUGUUGCUGCAGUUACACACCUACGUACAGUAUAUGCCAACUGAAAAUGGGUUACAUAGCAAAAUGGAUUUUAAUAAAAAGAACGCAAAAUCUCCGUCUCCGAGAGGUAGCACCGUUUUAUCUAGUUCAUAUCAGCCAAAUGCCGAACACUCUCGGGCAGAAUCGGAAAGUGGAGCCUCUACAAUUUCUGAAACUCCUGAGUUGGUCACUCGUAGCAUAAAUUUGGAAAAUGUAAGUUUUACUUCUACUGAAGAAGAUAAACAGAAUUAUCAAGAGGAGUUGUUACUUGACUUUCCAGAUGAAGAAAGGACCUCAAUAUUUAAGAUUCCAGCUACAAAUACACCUGAAGACUUAAAACUGUUCGCAAAACUAUGCAGGAAGCAAUAUUUUCAAGGCAAUCAUCACAUCGAGGAAAUCAUGUAUCUUGAGAACCUGAGGCGAAGUCAGUUAUUACAAUUACUGGAUAAAUUUCGAGACGUUCUAAUUACGUAUGAAACUGAGGACCCUGCCAUUGCUAUGUUUUCCUGCUCUUCAUAGUAUUUCCGUGGUAACGUUAUAUACAGGGUGUAACACCGCAAGGUGCAAAAAUAUAGGAGCAUUUUCCUCGUUCUAAGAAUAUGCCAAUAAUUUAAUAAAAAAAAUGUUUCAAAUAAUUUUUUUCGCCAAUUCAAUUAUUUUCAGUUUUUAUAUUGUCUGCCAUUGUACAGUAUGUUUUUUGGGCAUUAUCUAACUUUAUCUUUUCAAAAGUAUAUUAUGCGUCUUUCAAAAUCUUGUUGAAUUUAAGGCCUACUUUAAUAAGAACAUAUUCUAUCUAAAACGUACCUUUUUGAUGUUAUUUGAUGUUUUAAAACAAAUAAGAUUAUUAGAAAAAUAUGUUAAAAAGAUCUACAAUCAUAAUUAUUCAAAAUGUUUACAUUUUGAUGAGGACAAAUUCGAUACUUUUUAAAAUCAUUAACACUACGAAGAAUUUUGAGUGUAAUGUCUCUAAAAGUUUUUUCUCGUUUUUGCAUUGUGGAAGCUGAAGCAUAAGUUUUACUAAAAAGUAAAAAUAAAUUUCUAUAAGAGAAAGUUGAAUUUUGUUAAAUCGGGAGAGAUGGAAAAUUAAAGAUUACUAAAAAGUUUAUUUUGCAGAGAUUUAUUCAUGACAAUGUAACAUGUAUUUUACGGUAUAAUGUAAGAAUUUUAUAUUAAAAAAAAUACAGUUUUUUUUUUAAAUUCCCUCACCAUAGAAGGGCUAGUAACCAAAAAGGAUCCCUCCUCACCCCCUCUAUUCGAGUACAGCAUUAAAACUUAAAAAGUCUAAUUAUCCUACCCUAAUAUACAUUGGUAGAAUCGAAAAAAAAUUACAUCUGUUUCUUUCAAAUUUAACAUAUUUCCAAUUAAAAAAAUCAUGUUAUCUAUCAUCCAAAACUAGGAAUUUCUAGCACUCGUAGUAAUAAUUAUUUUUCAGUUUGAAAUGUUUUAAUAAUUUAUGGAAAAAAUAGAUUUUUCCAUACUUGAAUAUAUGACAAAAGACACCUUGUUGCUGUCACAUUUAAUUUUGUAGAUAUCCGAUAUUUGUGAGAAUGCCGCUAAUUCCAUUUUUUUUUCAAAUGUCAAAUCUGACUACAAUAAUUUUAUGUGGAAAAAUUGAUUUGGUUCAACUUUUAUUACUAGAACUAGACUAAUAGAACACCCACCAGCAUACAAAUAUUUGUCGUUGAAGCCUUUUCUUGAGAUACAGGGUGUUGAAAUUUUACUAGCACCCCACUGGAAAAAUAUGUUUUAUUACAUUUUUUUUAGAUUGGAUGAGAAUGAUUCCUUGAUUAUUGAAAAGUAUCGAAGGCCUAGGAUCGCUAUUUUCAACAUUUUUUAAAAAUUAUUUAAAUAAUCCUAAAUGAAGAGGUUCGGUCAAUAGCCACCUUGGUUUACAUACAUUUUUUAUGGUUUUAAUGAAGACUAAUUUUUUUUAUGUUGGAUGUCACUUUAUUUAUGUACUGAUAAAAUUUUAUUUCAAUAUCUUGAUUUGAACAUAACAUAUUUAGUCACCUAACUUUUUUUGAAGAACACCUUUUAGCAAAAACGAGUGCAUCAAAAGCAAAUUUUUGUAUAAGAAAUAUUCUUAAAUUGGAAUGAGGUAAACGCUUCUUUAUUUUAACGUGUGGUGUUAAAAUGUGAUUGUAUUAAAUUAUGAUCAAAGUUAAUAGUUAAAAAAACUACUUUAAUUACUUUAUAAGUUUUCUUGACAUAAUGAGAGUUUGUACUGGUUAUUAAAGUGAAUUGGUUGAGAUUUGUUAAUAACGAAUGUCAAAUUUUAUAAAUUGUUGAUUAUUAUUUAUUAUACUUUUAUACAAGGCGUCCCAAAAGUCACGGUUAAGCCGGCAAGGGGUGAUAGGUCGGAUCAUGGAUAACCAAAAUCAUUAAACGAUUUAAAUAAGAGUUUUUUAAUUUCUGAAUUAUAGGCACCCAAAAUAUUCAGGGAAAAAGGUAUUUUGUGAUUGUUUUUUAAUAAAUAUUGCAGAAGAACAUUACUGUUACAUUUUCCUCACAAAAAAUUAUUUUUCUUGGUUUUAAGGUUUUUAAAAUUAUUGCCUUACUAUGACGGUUAGUUGAAUCAACAAAUUUGUUAACCUGAAAUUAAUCAAAAUAAUACAAAACAUUUUCAUUGAAAUUUAAUAUUUUUGAAACAAAGUCAAAAGGAGCUAUUUGUGUAAAAAAAUAACCACCCAUAUACUUUUUCUUAAGUAACAAAUGGUAACAUUAUGUCACUAAAAUCUACUAAAUGCACAUGUCUCAAGAUAAAAGGCUUGUAUUUGAAUUACCAUGAACUUUAAUCAUACAAUUAACAUUUCCAGAAAGAGUGACCGCAAAAAACCUGUGAUUUUCACCCGUUUUUUCACAAUUCGCAGAGAAUUAAA